AUGGGCCGGCAAAAGCAAACAACACCGCUUCAGCGCACCCCGUCGCAGUCGAUGCGCAAUGAGGUUGAAGCUCGAGAGAAGCAGACAAAUGGAAGCGCAGACAUCUCCUCGACUGUGCAAGAGAGUGCGCCUGUAAAGGUCGCAGUGGCAGCAGUGGAAAAUGUCGCCGAGACCGUCGCCGAGACCCCGGGUCUCAUGCAACUGCUCAUUUGCGUCCUCGGUAUAUAUGCAGCAUUCCUUUCAUGGGGUGUUUUACAAGAGGCAAUCACUACAACCAGCUACUCUGUCCUCGCGACAGUCGCCGAUCCAUCACCUGCACCCGAACGAUUUACCUACUCACUGGUUUUGAACACCAUCCAGUCGUCAUUCGCCGCCAUUACCGGCUUCCUAUACCUCUUCCUCUCCACGCCAAAGGGUCAGAAGAUCCCCUCGAUUUUUCCCACGCGCCGGAUCCUCUUUCCCCUUCUCCUGGUCAGCAUCUCCUCCUCGCUCGCCUCGCCCUUCGGGUAUGCCAGUCUUGCGCACAUCGACUACCUGACCUUCAUCCUUGCCAAAUCUUGCAAGCUUCUCCCCGUCAUGCUCCUUCACUUGACAAUUUUCCGCAAGAAGUACCCGUUGUAUAAAUAUGGAGUUGUUCUCAUGGUCACUUUGGGUGUGGCUACCUUCACUCUGCACCAUCCUGGCACAAGCAAGAAGGUGGCUGCAGCUGCAGAUCAGGGAGCUCCAGGAUCAUCAGGGUGGGGUAUUUUCUUGUUGUCUAUCAACCUCCUUCUUGAUGGCUUGACCAACACAACUCAAGACCAUGUGUUUACAUCUCCGAAAUUGUACACCCGCUUCACCGGGCCCCAGAUGAUGGUCGCACAGAAUGUGUUGUCGACCGUCCUCACCGCCGCGUAUCUCCUGAUCAUGCCACAACUGUCCCAAAGCGGUAUUCUGCAUAACCUGCUCCCGAUCCCGAUUCCCCCGUCUACUGAGACGGAAUUGUGGUCUGCGAUUUCAUUCCUGCAGCGUCACCCGGAGGCCCUGAAGAAUGUUCUUGGCUUUGCUGCCUGUGGCGCUGUUGGUCAAUUAUUCAUCUUCUAUACCCUGUCGCACUUUUCAUCUUUGCUUCUGGUUACCGUAACGGUCACCCGCAAGAUGCUUACUAUGCUUCUGAGCGUGUUCUGGUUUGGCCACUCUCUAUCCGCUGGACAGUGGCUUGGAAUUUCCUUGGUAUUCGGCGGUAUUGGAGCCGAGGCUGUGGUGCAAAGACAGGAGAAGAAGGCCAAGGAACAGGCGAAGAUCGAAGCUGCCAAGAAGGCGCAGUAG